AGAAAACUUUUUAGUUGUCUCAUAAUUCAUUACCCCCGUCCCUCAAAUUGUAUUUUCUAAUCAACAUCUCUUCCGAAUGUCAACCACAUUCCUUUAAUCAAUUUAACCCUUUUUUUUUCCUUGUUAAAUCUUUUUUUUUUUCACAAAUAGAAAAAUGUAACUUAGCACAUAUAUAUACACAACAUCAUCCAUGAAAAUCCACUUUCAUAUCCCAUCUCAAAAUUAAGCUCCACAAAAGUUGAAGAAGAACAAGUAUUGAAGCAAAGUGGAAAAAACUUGAACACAAGUUUUUUGCAAAAAUCAUGGAAGAAGAAUUUCAAUCGGUAGUUUGUGGAGGAGGAAACUGGUGGAAUUCCUCAAGAAACCUCUUCGCUUCAUCGCCCUGCUCCGCCGCGGUCAACGAAUUCGGGUGGCUGAACCCUAGCCUCGUCGCCGACGCGAAAACCGCAAAGUCCGUCAGCGACGACUCCGCCGGCUCCGCCUCCGACGGCGGCGGCUCCGUCGUCCUCCAAGAAGCACCAAAACCCCAAGUUCACCCUAUUGAUUCAACUCUUCACAUGAUGGCCGACGAUUGGAAUCAAGAUUUGAUCCAUGAUAGCGCAAGAUCACAACAAAACUAUUCCCACAUGCUACAAUCCAUGAAUCCAAGCAUGAUUACUCCUCGCCAAAAAAUCGCCGAGCAAUGGACCGCCGCCGGCGACUUCAACGCCGAUUCCUCCCCCGGCUCGUUCCGACAAGUCUAUCAGAAUCUCGUCGUGCCGAAUUCCGUCGCAACUAGCCAAGGGCUGCCGGCGACGAGCUUCCCGUUGAAUACGGCGUCGUACAGCUACACUUCCUCGUUGCUGCACACGUUCUUCGACGCCGAUUCUCAGCCUCUGCUGGAAAACGAGGAGACGAAUUUCUCAUCGUCGCCUCCGAAUUUUCCGGCAGAAGUCGUGCCGAGUUUGAGGCCCUCUUUUCCUAAACCGCAGCAGCUUGCUAACAAUUUUCAGUUCAUCAACAACACUGCCUUCUGGAACGCGACGGCAGCGUCGAGCUUCCUGCCGUCGUCGACGCCGCAGCUUAUUCCUUCAGCUCUUACUAAACCGAAGCUUAAUCAGCAGAGCUUCGGUUCCAAGAAUCUUAAUGGGAAGGCUGGGGAAGCAGACUCUGCGGCGAAGAAAGAUGGAAAUGAAGCUGCAUUCAAACGUCCGAGAAUCGAAACUCCAUCGCCAUUGCCAACUUUUAAGGUCCGAAAAGAGAAGUUGGGGGACCGAGUGACUGCGCUCCAACAGUUGGUUUCACCUUUUGGAAAGACUGAUACAGCGUCGGUUCUCCAUGAGGCGAUUGACUAUAUAAAAUUGCUCCACGAUCAAGUCACUGUACUAAGCACUCCUUAUCUGAAAAAUGGACCGCCUCAUUUGCAACGCCAAAAGGCUCAUGAUAAAACUAAGGAUCAAGAAGAGCCAAUAAAGGACCUAAAGAGCAGGGGCCUUUGCCUCGUGCCGAUAUCAAGCACUUUUCCGGUGGCUACCGAGACAACGGCCGAUUUCUGGACACCGACGUUCGGGGCGAGCCUCAGGUAGGAGAAGAGAGACAACAAAGUGGGAAAUAAAACCAUGCAAAAAAGAGAGAGAGGACACGCACUGAUUUUAACUUAUCUAUAAUCUUAUCUAGUUCAAAAAAAAAAAAAAAGCUGAUAUAGAGAGAGAGGAGAGAGAGAAUAUGUUGCAGAAAUGGAGGCCACAUUGUUGUUUCUGUAAGUAUUCAUGAAAAGCAAGACAAGGGAAAGGAGGGAGAAAGAAGAAAAGGAGAGAAGACAGCCAAUUUCUGGGGCCAUAUGUAUCAUCAUGAAGGUUAGCAAAUGAUUAAGGGAAUACAAAAAAAAAAAAAAUGCAAUAAAUAAAAGUUGUAAUGAGAUUAAUUUAAUGGUUUUAGUUGAUUUAAGGUGUUGUUGAUGAGGAACAGGAACAAAUGCUAAAUUUAGCUUUAGGUUGAUUAGUUUAGGAGAUCUGAUCACAAGCAUAUGUGUUUAUGCUUAAUUAUCAGUUUUUUUUCAGCUGAAUUUAGCAAGCUUGUAUGGAGGUUUUGUUCCUGUUUCUAAGUACAAUUCUUUUUACACCGACUCUCAUUUUAUUUAUGGAAGAUAUUGCAAAAAAGGUUAUAAUAUUGUUUA